AUGUCAAUCCAUGAUAAUCGGUUCAAUAAAGACAAAGCGAGUAAUGCAAACUCUUCGUCUAAACAUGGAUUGUUGCGUGGGCCAGGUACAGCCUCAGUCCUGGGCCGCGACAGCGAAUCUGCGAAACCCCGUUCUGAGUUCAAGUUGAAUAGCGUGACUGAUCGCGAUCCCCACUCCGUCAGCCUAGUAAACCUAGACAAGACGCACAAAUCAUACAAAAUGUCCAUGUCUGUGAAAGCACCGCCUUCCAGACUGCUUCCUGGGCUGGCCGAACUAACUGAGGGCCUGAAGNUUAUCAAAAUCCUAUUCCAUGUAUAUUCUGAGGAUUUUCAUGUUGAAUCACGAUUUGUACCUAACAAGCGUGGGCCAGGUACAGCCUCAGUCCUGGGCCGCGACAGCGAAUCCGCGAAACCCCGUUCUGAGUUCAAGUUGAAUAGCGUGACUGAUCGCGAUCCCCACUCCGUCAGCCUAGUAAACCUAGACAAGACGCACAAAUCAUACAAAAUGUCCAUGUCUGUGAAAGCACCGCCUUCCAGACUGCUUCCUGGGCUGGCCGAACUAACUGAGGGCCUGAAGCAUAAUCACACUUCCUGGUUCCUUUUCCGGCUCGGGAUCACCGUGUGCGACAUGGUUUUACUGGCCUACACCAUUGAUGCCUCGAUCCCGGCCGACGGACAAACUGUCUUCAACAACUCAGCAAAAAACUGGAAGUUGAUAGACGACGUUCUAAUUGUGAUAGACACCUCGUUCGUUGCUAUGCAAAGGUUUUUUCUUGCACGAAAAGGCAUCUACGAUAAGUGGAUUCACGCCGAGUUCCUCAUUAUGCUAUUUUCCUGCAUCUUUCAAGUCGCGUACUGGCCGACGAUUUAUUUUUGCGGAACUCAAGCUGCGGUUCGUGUCCUGGCUUUUGCUGCCGUUAGGGCUUUAAAAGUCAGCAUGUUCUUCAAAAGAAUGCGAGAGAUUUUCGCAGCUAUGAUGAAGUCUUGGAAGGAAUUUGCCAUUUCCCUGUCUCUGCUUUUGUUGGGAACGGCGGUUUUCACUACAAUAGCUCUCUGCGUGUUCCAGCCUCAUGAGAAAUCCAAUUUCGAAGGAUUCACUAGCUCCUACAUUACAGCCCUUCAGAUAUUCACGCUUCACGACACGAUGUCGAUUUUUGAGAAUUCUGCAAGUACGAAUAGUGCGACGCGACUGGUUCAAUUCCUGGUCGUGUUGGGAUGGGUUUUCAUUGGAGCUAUUAUUCUACGCAAUAUUAUAAUCGCAGUUCUAGUUGAGGGCUUCAUCAGACGAAAGGAGGAAUAUGAGAAGGUGAGCGAUGAGCAGGAGAGACUAGAGCAAAGCCGGAAAGCGCAAAAAGGACUCAAAGAAGUGUUUCCAAUCUUCUACAGACAGAGCGUCGAAUGGGCUUCUAAGGAAGUUGAAAACCUGGACCUGCCCACCACGCUAGACACCGUUCAUGUCUUGCUGCGCGACUGCGAAACCUGGAGGACCACUUGGAUGUCGGCCAUUAAAUAUAUGCCUGACAAUUUUGAGGAAGUGAUAUGGCCUUCUCAAACGCUGGUCUACUACGAGAGCGCCCUGAACGCGCUGAGGAACAUCAUCAAGGAAGACAGCUUCAUAAUUGCUCUCACACAGGAAAUCGCAGUUGCUUCGAUAGCGAAACGACUUGAACUCCAACAUCCAAUGAGAGAGGAUCCCGGGGAAAAUGGAGAAGAAUCUCGGGAAGAAUCGGAUUGGUCGUCCUCUUACAGCGACACUGACGAUCAUGAAGGCCAUUCCGAUCAUUGAACAUCAUUCGCCAUAUGCUUUUUGUAUUUUUCUUAAAGCCAGAAAUAAUCUUCAACUCACUCUGAAGCUUCUUGAUUCGAACCAAACGACGUGAAAAUAUCAAAAUAAUCGAUAAACUGCUCUUUCCAUUUUAUUACCGGAGUAUUCCAACAAAGAGCGUUAUUUUCCAUCACUUGCCAGGGUUUUCUUUCAAGGAAGAAUUUGUUGGUUCGAGCAAAGGUCACCGAAAUGAAACCUGGGUUGAAAAUCCAAAAUGCUUAAAUAUUCGGCAAGAUUGAAUUCUGUUAUUUACAAAAACCUAGAAUUUUAUUCCUGCC